AUGGUGCCUGGCGAGGACAACCAGUUUGUUCCAAAAGAGGGGAUAUUUGGGAGUUGCAGACAGGUGAUUUUUGAUAAGAUGAAGAGACGAUGUCAGCAGAUACAGAAUGCAGCAGAUGAGCUGAGAGUGCUGUGCAUAAUUCAGGACACCACCAGUGCAAAGACAGUAACUGAAAAGCUGACUCUCAAUCUGCCUGCCUCGACCACAAUAUCCAAACUUCAUGAAGACGUGGCACAUAAAGCGGGAUAUGUUCCUGCUACUUUUCAGCUUGUGUGGGGAAAUAUUCCAGACACGCCAUCACUGGACCACACCAGUGAUAUGUCCCUGGUAAACUCUGGGUUUGAACCUGGGGGAAAGAGGAAUUACCUACAUUUAACCGACAAAGAUGGAGAGCAGCCACACAUUGCAUCGGAAGAGUCGAGAGGAGCCGAAAGUAGCGAGCUGGAAGACAGUUCUCAGGAGCGCUUUAUUGGACCUUUACCUAGAGAUGGCACUGUGGGAUGCAGUGGUGAUUACAGCAGCCCAUCAUAUUCCUACUCUUCCAUCCUCAACAAGUCUGAAACAGGUUAUGUUGGUUUAGUGAACCAGGCUAUGACCUGCUAUUUGAACAGCCUUCUCCAGACACUGUUUAUGACUCCAGAGUUCAGAAAUGCACUGUACAACUGGGAGUUUGAAGAGUUGGAAGAGGACCCAGUUACCAGCAUUCCAUAUCAGCUGCAGCGGUUGUUUGUUCUGCUUCAGACGAGUAAGAAACGUGCUAUUGAGACUACUGAUGUGACCCGAAGUUUUGGUUGGGACAGCAGCGAAGCAUGGCAACAACACGAUGUGCAAGAGCUAUGCAGGGUUAUGUUCGAUGCUCUUGAGCAAAAGUGGAAGCAGACAGAGCAGGCCGAUCUGAUCAACCAGCUGUACCAGGGGAAAUUGAAGGAUUAUGUUCGUUGUUUGGAGUGUGGCUAUGAGAGCUGGAGGAAUGAUACUUACCUGGACAUUCCGCUUGUAAUUAGACCCUUUGGAGCCAGCCAGGCCUACUGCAGUGUGGAGGAAGCUUUACAGGCAUUUAUUCAGCCUGAAACCUUGGAUGGACCCAAUCAAUACUUUUGUGAGCGUUGCAAGAAAAAAUGUGAUGCCCGGAAGGGUCUGAGAUUUCUGCACUUUCCUUACCUGCUGACACUCCAACUUAAACGCUUUGACUUUGACUACACCACUAUGCAUCGCAUUAAACUCAAUGACCGCAUGACUUUUCCAGAGGAACUUGAUAUGAGUCCGUUCAUUGAUGUAGAAGAUGAGAAGUCCCCCCAGACUGAGAGUUGUACAGAUAGUGGAGCAGAGAAUGAAGGUAGUUGCCACAGUGACCAGAUGAGCAAUGAUUUUUCCACUGAUGACUGUGUGGAUGAAGGCAUCUGCCUGGACAGUAAUAGCAGCAGCACAGAAAGGGUGUUGAAACCAAAGAACAUGCUGACCUAUGAGCUGUUUUCUGUCAUGGUUCAUUCGGGAAGUGCUGCUGGGGGGCACUACUACGCCUGCAUCAAGUCCUUCAGUGAUGGCCAAUGGUAUAGCUUUAAUGAUCAGCAUGUUAGUAAGAUCACCCAAGAUGAUAUUAGAAAAACAUUUGGUGGUUCCUCAGGAAGCAGGGGCUACUAUUCAAGCGCUUUUGCUAGUUCAGCAAAUGCAUACAUGCUGAUUUACAGAUUAAAAGAUCCCAUAAGGAAUGCAAAGUAUUUAGCUGUGGAAGACUUCCCAGAGCACAUAACACGUGUGGUACAAAAAGAAAAGGAGUCCGAGGAGCAAGAGAAGAGGCAAAGGGAGAUUGAGCGCAACACUUGUAAGAUCAAGCUCUUCUGCAUGCAUCCAGUGAAGAUGAUGAUGGAGAGCAAGCUUGAAGUGCAUAAAGACAAAACUCUCAGUGAAGCAACAGAGAUGUCCUACAAGUUGAUGGAGCUCCAAGAGGUGGUUCCUCUAGACUGUUGUCGACUGGUGAAAUAUGAUGAGUUUCAUGAGUAUCUGGAGCAAUCUUAUGAAGGGGAGGAGGACACGCCGAUGGGACUACUGCUUGGAGGGGUCAAAUCCUCGUACAUGUUUGACUUGCUUCUAGAGAUGCGAAGACCAGAGCAAGUCUUUCAGCCAUACAAACCCGGAGAAGUGAUGGUGAAAGUUCAUGUUGUCGAUCUGAAAAGUGAGAUCAUAGCUUCUCCUGUCAGUGUUCGGGCAUACCUGAACCAGACGAUCACUGAAUUCAAGCAGCUUAUUGCACAGGCUACAGGGCUAUCUGCAGAGACCAUGCGUGUGGUCCUAGAGCGCUGCUACAAUGACCUACGACUACUCUAUGUACCCAACAAAACACUGAAAUCUGAAGGUUUCUUCCGAAGUAACAAGGUUUUUGUGGAGAGCUCGGAGACAAUAGAUCAUCAGGUUGCAUUCACUGACUCACUCUUAUGGAAACUUUUGGACCGUCAUGGAAAUACAAUCCGGCUCUUAGUUUUACUUCCCCAACAGUCUCCUGGCACUUUGGCUAAUAGGACUCUUUGCCAAAAGACAGGAAGUGACUCUGAUGGGCCCUUAGAUGAUUCAAAGGGCAACAGCAAGUCUGUAGAGGCUAUCCUGGAGGAAAGUACAGAAAAGUUAAAGAACUUGUCUCUGCAGCAACAGCAGGGAUCCAACAGUGACAGCCAGAAGAGCUCUGACACCAGUGACUUUGAACACAUAGAGUCUCCCACUCAAGAAGCAGAUGCAAACUCUUCCAUGUGUGUUGCUGUGGACAACAGAGAGCUGGAGAACCGGAUCAAGGCCACACCAGGUAGUGGCGUUUCUGACGCAGAGACAGUGUUUGCCUCUGAAGAACGCUCUGACUCGGAGGUCAUUAAUGACCGCAGCACUAGCUCAGUUGACAGUGACAUCUUGAGCUCCAGUCACAGUAGUGACACACUGUGUAAUGCAGAAAGUGGACCCAUCCAACUGGCCAAUGGCUUAGACUCUCACAGCAUCACAAGCAGCCGACGCUCUAAAGCCCAUGAGGGCAAAAAGGAAACUUGGGACACGGCUGAAGAAGACUCAGGAACAGACAGCGAGUAUGAUGAUAAUGGAAAGUGCAAAGCUGAGGCCCAGUACCUCUACUUCAAAGCAGAGCCUUGCUCUCAUGAUGAUUCCACGUGGGACACACAAAAAUGCUUGGUGGUUCAUGUGGAUAAAAGGAUAACAUUAGCUGCCUUUAAAGUGAACCUGGAGCCUUACGUGGGAGUCCCCUCGACACAAUUCAAAGUUUUCAGAGUCUAUGCCAACAACCAGGAGUUUGAGAGUGUGCGUCUGAAUGAAACUCUUUCAUCCUUCUCGGAUGACAACAAGAUUACCAUAAGACUUGGAAGAGCGCUUAAAAAAGGUGAAUACCGAGUGAAGGUCUAUCAACUUCUUGUGAAUGAAGCAGAGCCUUGCAAGUUCCUGAUGGAUACAGUGUUUGCAAAGGGCAUGACAGUCAGACAGUCCAAAGAAGAACUCCUUCCUCAGUUAAAAGAGCAAUGCAAGCUUGACCUCAGCAUUGACAGAGUUCGUCUCAGGAAAAAGACCUGGAAGAAUCCAGGCACUGUGUUUCUGGACUACCAUAUCUACGAGGAGGACAUUAGUAUCUCUUCCAACUGGGAGGUGUUUCUGGAAAUUCUCAAUGAACCAGAGAAAAUGAAGUCGAUGUCACAGUUGGCAGUUCUGACUCGAAGGUGGAGUCCGGCCACAAUGAAACUUGGUUCUUUCCAGGAAGUAAUUCUGGAAAGUAGUGGUGUAGAGGAACUGAAAGAAAAGCUAAGCCAACUCAGUGAUAUUCCUCUGGAAAAUCUAGAGUUUGCAAAGGGAAGAGGGACAUUUCCUUGCGACAUCUCUGUGCUGGAAAUUCACCAUGAUUUGGACUGGAACCCCAAAGUCUCUACUCUUAAUGUGUGGCCUCUCUACAUCUGUGAUGACGGCGCUGUGGUCUUCUUCAGGGACAGCACAGAGGAGCUGUUGGAGCUGUCUGAAGAUGAACGCAGUGAGCUAAUGAAGAAGGAAAGCAGCCGUUUGCUGAAGACUGGGCAGCGCGUCAGCUACUCCCCACGCAAAGAGAAGGCCCUAAAGAUCUACCUGGACGGAGGCCCUUCCAAAGACACGGGGCAGGACUAA